UUUAAUUGUAUUAUGCAACGACGCAUUUUUCGUUACAGUUGUUUCGUUGAGACACGAACAAAUGACAAUUAAUUAGGUAUUUAAACAUGGAGGAUAAGAACACAUGUUUUUAUGUGAUUCUUUUGCUGAAUGUUAUGGCGGUAUCUAGUUACUUGCAGUUUGUCGUUCCUGGUGUAACACAUGCUGACAGUAGUCCUGUUCACAUUUCUCAACUUCCAUCCGGACCAUACCCAUACUGGCCUAAUAGGACUGUGGAUGGAAACUUUAGUCAAAGCAUAAGAGCCUGUUUACAUACAGCUGUCCUAACAAAUAUAUCUGAGGCGUGGCUACAUAUUGAUCUACAAACCGUAAAAAGUAUCAAGUCUGUAAAAUUGUGGUACAGAAAUGACAGAGGUAGUGUAGCAGGAAGCACAAUACGUCUCCGGGGUUACAGUAUCCGUGUAUCCAACACAUCAGACGUACCACCUGGUUCAACAGACGCGUGUUUCACUGAUGAUAGUUUAUCAACAUUACCAACUGUCAUCCAGGAGGACUGUAAGAGAACAACAAGAUAUGUAUGGUUUUACCAGCCGUAUGUAAGAGAUGGUACAGUUCCAGUUUUGGAAAUAUGUGAGGUGCAGAUUUUCGGUUGUGAGACAGGAACUUACGACGUCAGCUGCUCUAAAACAUGUAGUCAUUGUAAGAAUAGUAAAACAUGUGAUAUUGAUACUGGAGAAUGUGAUGGUGAUGGGUGUGCGCUUCCUGGAUUUAUAUCGCCUAUGUGUAGUGAAUGCAUCUCUGGAUUGUAUGGCAAUGAGUGUAACGUUAGCUGUAGUCAGUUCUGUCACGAUCAGUUAUGUUAUGGAACAACAGGAGAAUGUGUUAACGGUUGUCAAGAUGGAUACAUAGGAGGUCUCUGUAAAACACGGUGUCCAAAUGGCUAUUUUGGAAGAAAGUGUCUGGAAACUUGUGGAAAGUGUCUACAUGACCAAACAUGUAACAACGUUAAUGGAACUUGCAUGGAUGGGUGCGAUGAGGGACUAAAAGGAGAUUUAUGCAAAACGGCAUGUUAUCCUGGUGAAUAUGGGCGGAACUGUCAAUUCCGAUGCAGUGACCAUUGCUACAAUAAUGAAGUUUGUAACCCAUUCUUUGGAAAUUGCAGCAAAUGUGCGGAUGGAUAUCAGAACGCCAAAUGUAAUGAACAAUGCGAUGAAAGGGAUUAUGGAGAAAGCUGUAUGUUUCAAUGUGGACAUUGUUUGGAUAAUAUCACCUGUAACAACAUUAAUGGCACCUGUCCCAGUGGAUGUAUGCCAGGAUGGCAGAACACAGAUAAGUGUGAUAAACGAUGUGCAAAUGGUACAUUUGGAGUAGGAUGCAAGCUUACAUGCAGUGGAAACUGUAAAAAUAAUGACACAUGUGAAAAAAGUGACGGGGGAUGCAAAAACUGUGCUCCUGGAUGGGAGGGUCAUCUCUGUAAUAAAGCUUGUGAUAUUGGAUGGUUCGGUUUAAACUGUCAGCAUGUGUGUGGACACUGUUUUAAGGCUAAACACUGCUUUUCUACCAACGGAAGCUGUUCUGGUGGGUGCAUGGAAGGGUACAGAGGAGAAAUGUGCUCAGAGAGUGUAUUAAGAUCAACACAGGAUUCGGACACAUCGUAUGUUGCAGUCAUCGCUGUUCUUGUAGUCGUCAUCGUCGUCCUGGUAACCACUCUAGCAGUACAUGUUGUUAUCUUAAGGAAUACUCGUAAGAAAUUAGUAACAAACAGUCGAAUAAACGAAGCCGAAAUGUAUGAUUUACCAAACGCAAAGACAGAAAACAGCCUGUAUGAUGUAAUCUCCAACUAAUAAACCUGACAACUUAAA